AUGCCCGCGCCGCUUCUCGCCGCCCCGACACUUCUGAGAGCGCCACCGCCGCGGCUUCUCGCCAAGACCUGCCCUGACACCCACGACCCGGCGAUCGUGAGUGCGAUGCUCGCCUGGCACUCUGAUCGGCCGCCGCCGCGGCUGCACCACACCGUCACGGAGGAUGAGUCCGGCGCGCGGCUCACCCGCGUCGGUGGAUCGCGGUUCGCGCCACUCGGGACAAAGUCUCAGGCCGAGCACGCCGUCAGGCGGGGAGACCUCCUCGUCAACGGGCUGGCGGUGGAGAAGUCGCGGCGGGUGCAGCAGGGCGACGUGCUGCAGCUGCAGCCGCCCGCCGCCGCGAGGCCGUCAGAAAAGCGGCUGCACGCGCGGGCCCGCUUUGUCGAGCACCUGCGCUCCCAGGGCCUGCGGGUGCUCCACGAGGAUGAGGCCGUCGCGGUCGUCUUCAAGCCGCCGGGCAUCCACACCAAGGCGGGCAGCAACGCGAAGUUCGCUGCGCUCGAGGACGCCCUGACGGCGGAGCUGUCCCCUCCGCCGCGCGACGCUCCCGACGCGCUGCCGCUGCCGCUGGCCCUGCACCGGCUCGACGUGCCCGUCUCCGGCCUCUGCCUGGUUGCGAAAACGAGGAGCGCCGCCGUCGAGCUCGGCCGACAGUUCGCCGCCCGCGAGGUGGCGAAGGUGUACCACGCGCUGCUGGUCGGCCGCCCGCCCAUCGACCAGGCCUGUGGCGGCCGCCUCGAGAUCCGCGCGCCGCUGCAGGGCCAGCCUGCGGCGUCGACCCUCGAGGUGCUCUCUGUGACGCCGCACGCGCAGUGGGGCCACCUCUCGUGGGUCCGCAUGUCGCCGCUCACGGGGCGAACCCACCAGCUACGCCUGCACGCCGCCGGCCUGGGCUGCCCGAUCGUCGGCGACGACUUGUACUGGGGACACGCUGCGGCGGCGCGCCGCUCGCGAGGGGGGGCGGAGGCGCUGCCGCCGGUCCGGGCCAGCGGCGGCCUCUUCCUGCAGUCGUGCGGCGUCGCCUUUGCGCACCCGGACCCGCAGAGAGGCCUCGUGCAGCCCGCCUGCGACAGCGAAGCCCGCCUGCGACAGCGCGACAGCGCGAUGAACCGCAAGCUCCUCAUCUCGGCAAUCUCCAACCUUUCGACCGCCUACAACCUGGUCAUCAUCAACGUCUCGCACGUCACAAUUGCGUACCAGUAUUGCGGCGGCGCCGACGCCUGCUCGGCGCAGGUGGAGGCGGCAUCGACAGCGGUGCUCGUGGGUGCCAUCCUUGGCCAGCUCACGUUUGGCUACAUUGGCGACUGCGUCGGCCGGAGCGCCGCGCUCCGCCUCACGAUGGCGCUCUCGCUCUUCGGCGCGACCAUCUCGGCCGCGGCGGUACCGCUCGGAGGCGAUAGCUCGUCGGUGCUCACCUUUCUGGCGCUCUCGCGGUUCGUGCUCGGCGUCGGCGUCGGCGGCGUGUACCCGCUCUCCGCGACAAUCGCCACCGAGUCGUCGAGCAACGCGGAGCGCGGCCGGAACGCGUCGCUUGUCUUUUCGAUGCAGGGCGUCGCCAACCUGGCGGCGCCUCUCGUGUCGUGGGCCCUCCUCGCCGUCUUCGGCGUCCCCGCCACCGGCUCGGGCGGCGCAGAUCCAGGCCUCGCCUGGAGGCUCGCCCUCGCCCUCGGCGCCCUCCCCGGCCUCCUCCUCGUCCCGUGCAUGGGCGAGGGGCGGGGCGGGCAGGGCGGAGGCGCGCGGCACACCGCCGACGAGCGGAUGUCGGCGCCCAUCGCAGCCCUGCGCGCCGAGGCGGGGCGGCCGGCGGGCCCCUCCUCCACCUUGCUGUCGACGCUGCGCCAGCGAAAGUACUGGUCCAAGCUCCUCGGCACCGCGGGCGGCUGGUUCCUCUUCGACAUCACCUUUUACGGCAACUCGCUCUUCCAGCCGACCGUCCUCUCCUCCGUCUUCCACGCGGCGGCCGGCGACGCGCCGCCGCUGCAGGGCGACCUCGCGCACAACCUCUGCGCGCAGAUGGCGGUGGUGGCGGCGAUUGGCCUCCCCGGCUACUACGUCUCCGUCUGGCUGAUGGACCGGGUCGGCCGUCGCCGCAUCCAGCUGCAAGGUUUCGCCUGCAUGGCCGCCGCCUUUGCCGCGCUCGGCCUUGCGUACGACAGCCUCGAGAGCGCGGGCGCGGGCGGCCGCGUCGCCAUGCUGCUCCUGUACGGGCUCACCUUCUUCUUCUCCAACUUUGGCCCCAACUCGACCACCUUCAUCCUGCCGUCCGAGACCUUCCCGCCCGAGGUGCGGACGACCCUCAACGGCUUCUCGGCCGCCAUGGGCAAGCUCGGUGCGACGCUCGGCUCCUCCGCCUUCAAGCCGAUGAAGGACGGCAUCUCUGCGGCGUGGGGGCCGGCGGCCGGCCUGCGCUGGACGAUGCUCGCGUGCGCCGCCGUCUCGCUCGCCGGCUUUGCGCUCACCUAUGGCUUUGUGGAGGACCGGCGCGGCAUCGCGAUGGAAGGCGCGGCGACGGCUCGGGAGGAGGACAACAACGGGGGCGCCAGUGCCGCCCCAAUAGAGGGCGGCCUUGGUGCGGCCUUCUUGACUGUGCCUGCCAAUGCGACGGCGGAGGCGAGAGUACGACGGGAGGCGGCGUGAAUCGGGAACGCAGCACAGCAAACAGAGAGCGGUCAGGGGAGCGCGUGGCGCCCGUAGACAGCUCAGCCGGGAGCCGAGCGCAAGACUGAGUCCCGAGCCUGCGUGCCACAGCGUCGUGCCAUGUCGGAUAAACCCCCAUAUGUGUGAUAUGUGGAACUGUUGUACUUGUUUAUGUGAAAAUCUCUUCGAGGUGUCAAAAACA